AUGGCCGCCAAGUGUUUUUAUGUAUUCGUUACCAUUGCAGUCUUCGCGGUGAUUUUCUUACAAAUUGGUAAGUGACCUAACUUAGCGAAUUCACAGCAUUUGCAAAUCUCUCAUAAUACACUUUAUUUGAAGAAGACAAUAAUUAAUAUGCAAAAUUUGAGGGAAGGCAAAACUAGUUGUUUUACAGGAGGUAUGCAAAUGUAGAAUAUACCAAGACCGGAAAAGCUACCACUUUCAAAAACCAGCACAUUUCUAUUGCCUCUUUUUCAAUACCACAUUUCUAUCGCUUUCACUCCUGCACCAUUACUACCAUAUUUCUAUUGUCUAUCCUCUACCACCACCGACAUCACAUUUCUAUUGUCUCCCUGCCCCACCUCCACUACCACAUUUCUGUUGUUUUACCUCCUCCACUACCACCACACCACUAACCACAUUUUUAUUGUCUUUCCUCUACCACAACCACUACCACAUUUCUAUCGUCUUCCCUCCUCCUCCUCCACUACCACAACCUCCUCUACCACCACCAUAGCCACAAUAAUUCUAUUGUCUCCCUUCGCCACCAACACAACCACUUUUCUGUCUUUCGCCCUCUACCCUUACCACUUCCACCACCACUGUUUUUCUAUAAUCGUCCCAUCAUAAUUACAUCGUCUUCCCUUCACCACCACCACGACCAAAACAAUUUUAUUGUCUCCCUCCACAACCACCACUACUACAUUUUUAUUGUCUUACCUCCUUCACUACCACCACAUUUCUUUUGUCUUUCGCCCUUCACCAUUACCACUUCCACCACCACAAUUACGGAGGAUUUGACGUUCUGUUGCUCUUGCUAAAUCUUCUUUUGCACAUCCAAUGAAACUAAGUCAAGGUUUUUUCAAGUAGUUUGUCUGAGUUGCCUCACAUUCCCGUAAAAAAACAACUGGCGAAUGUUCUUCUCUUGCACGUCUCGCGUGAAAGUCAUUUUAUAAAGUUUUUCUACGUAAUGCCUCUGGCUAGUUCGGAAAGAAAUUUUUCAUAUUUUAAUUUAUUACUUACGAGGGUUAUCCUUUUUUUAGUUAACUGCCUGAGCUGUUAUACUUGUACAAGUGAGGAUUCCUUGGAAAACUGUAAUUUAAAGUCAACAAAAGAAGAUUGCCCAUCGGAAACAGCGAAUUGUGUUACUGGCACGUUAACAUGUUCUGCAGGGGAAGUCACGAAAACUGUCUUCUACAAGAGAUGUGGAACCAAAGGCGAGGAAUGCGACCCGUCAGAUUAUCCCUCCUGUCCUUCGUCACAGGGAGGAUGGUCAUUCGGCACUUCAAACCAAUGUUGCACUGGUGACAACUGUAACUCUGGCCCACGUAAUACGAUCAACGGUGCACUUACAGGAAUGUCUAUUUUGCUGGCCUUCUUGGGGUUCUCCUACUUUUAA